CAGGGGCUCGGAAAUCAAACAUUUUUCACUCUCAAGGUUACCCGCAAAGCAUUCGUUACUUCCGGGAAUCUGGAAGAUGGUGACUUGAAUCUCAUCUUUAGCCGAUUAAUAUUGUAGUUUCGUUCUAAAUUGUUGCGAUAUUUUAUAUGAUUUUCAUAUUAUGGAUCGAUUUGUUCGCAAAAUAAAUAACAGCCCUAAGUCUAAACGGAAAACACUCGUACAAACUGAAGACAACUUUGGUGUCCCGUUAAAAGUCCUGCUUGAUAGAGAUUCUACAAAACCAGUGCCUCGAAUAGUUAAAAAUAUUUGCGAUUAUUUGCUUCACUAUGGGCUCAAUUCACAGGGAAUUUUUCGCAUUAAUGGGAGUGCUAAGUUAAUUGAUGGGUUCAAGACUACAUUCCAGAUAUCGGCAGCCGACAAUCUAUGUUCAUUGGAAAAUGUUGAUAUUUAUGCUUUGGCAGGUGUUUUAAAGUUAUUUCUUCGUGAACUUCCUGAUGGACUUGUUCCGGAAAAACUUGGACUUAAGUGUAUAAAGGUUGCGAAAGAAUAUUCAAGUGACUUGAGUGUGUACAUACUUAAACUACAAACUGUAUUAUUUACACUGGCGCAUGAAAAUUACGAGCUCCUAAAAUAUUUGUGUAAGUUUUUGAGCAAGAUUUCAGAAAACGAACCUGUCAAUAAAAUGUCGCACAAUAGUUUAGGAAUUAUUUUCGGUCCUUGUGUAUUUCGUUGCAGUUUGGAUUUUCAGGUUCUAAAGAAUCAGGGCUUGACAAAUUACAUAAUGACCUCACUAAUUCAAUACCAUGAUGCUAUAUUUGUUCAUCACCCUAAGACUGACUUCUUCGUAUUGGAUCAUCUGUUUAAACUACCGGAAAUCGUCUCUAACUCGGCUUUACCGAUUCUUGAAGACCGCAUUCAGCCAUCAAGCGAAAUAUCAACGAGUUCCAGCCAAAAUAAUAGUCCAGGAAUUACUAGUAGCCUACAGGAAAACACAUUCUCACAUUUUGUGGAAGCUCUGCCCCUGGCUUCUAAAAAUACACUUAAACCUGAACCAGAUAACUAUGUGUGGAUGUCACAUGACCAUUCUUCUAGUGAGCCAAAGAUUCCCCGAACAAAUCCUGGUCACAGUAUACCAGAUUCGAUGUGUGAUGUUACAGUUGACAGUAAUUUCUCUAGUGUCAGUUCUCCAUUUCAAAACAACGUCUCAUCUCGCCAAUACAAAGAAUUUCUUAUUAGUCCAUCAGCUUCACCAACACCCAGCCCAAUCACUUUCGAAGUUUCUAGUACCCCAACUUUUGUGAGUAGAAGCAAUUCAGUUUCCUAUAAUGAAGAAAAGAAUGCUGAAGAAGUUUCAGACUCAGGUCCAGAAGCGUUGUACACAAAGACAUCAGAACAACUUGCCUUGGAUAUCACAAAUAUUAUUUCGUCCAUGGCUACAUCCCGUUCUUUAGAGGCACUGAGCUUCGAAACACAACUUGAUGAUUGUUUUACUAUUUCAACCCAGAUGUCAAAUUGUAAUAAGAAGCCCAACCUUGUUGAAGAGAACCCAAGAGAAAAGUUACGUGUUUCCAGUAUGUUAUCAAGAUCGUCAGACAAAGCUUCAACAGGUGAUAGUUUAUUCAAUAAAGUGAUUCGUUUCUCUCACGUCACUGACGAUCCCAAUAAAAUUAAAAAAACUUUCGGUCAUCGCAAACAUACAAUCAAAGAAUCAAGUGUCUAUCCAAUCAGUACUUGGAAUUCCAUGCCUUCUGUGGAAAAUAAGACCGUACAAACUCCGCCUCAGUUUACGGAUUCUUGUGUGUCAGUUUAUGGUCAAGAUCUUUGUAGUCAGUCCCAACAACAUAACAACGUUGUAUCAAAUACAUUGGAAUAUAAUGGGUAUCGGUUUCCGAAUACUAACAAUAUUUACCGACUUAUAAAUUUGCAAAAGGAUGAUUUUAAUACAGCUAGAGUACAAGAUACAGCAAUUUCAACGCAUACGUCUACUCCUAUGCCAGUUAGCACAAGUCAUUCUUACAUGAAAAUACCGGCUGCUAACAAUGAGUUUGCCGAUUUGGUUGGUAAUAAGCAAUCAUCUCCAGUUGCAGAGAAUAUUUUGACUCAGGCGAUAAACCAAUGUUUCGAUACUCAUGUUUUUUCCUUCUCUGUGAAGCAGGAAUUAAAUUAUCCCAGCCACUCCAGCAGCUUUCCUUAUUCAAUAAAUGAAAUGGAUUGUACAGUUUCUGCAAAAAGAAAUCCAGUAUCAAGUUUUGUUAAGCCGAUAUCUACUGUAUUUCGCCAAUUAGAAAUACCAUUUUGUGUAUUUGAUCAUUCUCACCCUAACCAAGAUCACGCAGAUGGUCCUAAUACUGAAAUUGAAAAUAAGCAAAAUAAGUCUUUCGAAUUUGGAACUCUUCAAUAUGACACUACGCAUCAACCAAGGAAAUACACUCAUAGUACACCGACUAGUCCGAUAUUGUCUAAUCAUACCGCUUCAUUUACUUUGAGAUCAAAGUCAAAUUCUGUUUGUUCAGUAACCGUUAAGCCGAUUCAUUCCUUUAUUCAUAAACCUAAAGAUCGUGGACCAUGCCCUCCUAAUUUAUUAUCGCUUUCUUCAAAGGCAAACAAUGAACACUUAAAUGAAUCUGCUCUAAACUCCGGGAAGUUUUCUUCUCCUGAAAGAAAUCAAGUGAUUACAAAGCAGAGGAUAAAACAACAGGAUUCAGUUUCUGAUCGAUCCUCAAUAUCAAAUCAAAAUGAGGAAAAUACCAGAUCUCAUACAGUUCCAUUAAAUAAAUUAGAUUAUUUUGUAAAAUCAGCAAAAUAUUCUAGUUACAUCUCUGAUAGUACACAACAAUUCAAAAGGACCUUGAAUACAAUGGGAUUAAGAUGUUUGUUAAAUUUAUCAACUAGAACCUACAGUGAACCGAAUUUAUUGUGUUUCAAAAACCAAUUGCCACAAAGGACAAAACUGAAAUACAGUUCGUUACAGCAUUUAGCCAUAGAUGAAUUAUCAAGCAUAAAAGCAUUACCUACAUUCAAAUUGAAUAAUAAAGAAAAAUUAAAUAAUGUUCCGGUAAAAAUAUCUAAAAAUUUAUUAUUUUCAAAUAAAGACGAAUCAAAUACUUCAGUUAUUUCAGUCAUUAGACGAGUAAAUUCAUUUUCAUCAAACAGUCAUACGUCUUCAAUAAAAUAUCAUUCUUUCUUAAGAAAAUAUUCAUCACCAUUGUUGAAAGAUUUAAGAGAUUUCAAUGAAAAUUCUAAAAAUCAUAGUGUUGAUGAUAAAGAUGAUAAAGCUGGCGAUGUAGUAUUGGAACAAUCAAAUUCAUCACUCUUAUCUAUUGAAACAUUCUAUGAACUUUUAUGCGCUGCAUUAUCUAAACAACGUCAAUAUUGUAAUCGUCCUGAACGAUUAAGUGAAAUGAAUUGGGAUCAAAUUGAACAAGAGAAAUAUGAUAUUCAAAAAAGUCUUUUAUAUUUUGAAGGUCUUUAUGGACGACCAAAAACUCCUAGAUCGAAACGAAUCAUGAAACCUAUAUAUGAGCGGUAUCGUCAGGUUAAACGUCUUAUUUCUUCUCGAUAUGGAAUCUGUAGUGAAUUCCCAUUUGGAAUGAAUUUGUCUCGUUUAAAAGUGCCCAAUAAAGAUUCAAUAGUUGAUGUAAAUGAACAACCAAAUGUAACGGUUUCAAAUAAAUUAAUAGAAUUUCUAAACACUCCAAAGAUCACAUCUCCGACCCUUUUACAAGAUAAUAUUCAUAAUAUAAGUUAUGAUUCUGAUUCCAGUACAUUUGAAACUGUAUAUAAGAAUGAAGAAUCUAGCUUCCCAGUUAAAGUUAAGCAAAGAAAUUUUAAUUUACAAUCAUCAGAAAAUCAUAGUCUUAUGACAAUUGAAAACAAUCAAAAUCCAGGUUUUCCAUUUAAUUUCAACCAUCGAAAAUCACUUAUGAGACCGGAUGACCACAACAUUCAAUUGUAAGACGUUUCAUUCUUUCUUACUUGUAGAUUUUUGUUUUAUAAAGAUUUUCACCAUUUUUUUCUGACUUCUCAUUUUCAAUAAAUGAUAGUCAAAUUCUGAGAACAAAUGAAAAACGUUAGAUACUUAUUUUCUCCUAUUUCUUCCAUUUACUAACAUCCGAAAACUGUUUUAAGGUCAGUUAGGCCUUAUUGUGGAUGUAUUCACUUUUGUACACAACAUUUCAAUUUCGAACUAAGCUAGAGGUAUGCAUUCUAAAGCUUUUAUUAUAAGUUGUAUCUUUUUGAAUCAGUCUGGUGUUUUACUUAAGUGAAAAUAUCAAGUUGAAAGAUGAGUGAGUAGUUCUAGUGGGGCAUAUGGAUCUCAUAAUUUAACUUAACAGCUUGAAUAUAAUUGUCAGCUGAAUGUUCCAUUUCAUUUAUUUGCUCGAAGUGGCAACACCAUGUUAGUAAUGCAGAGGUUCGGCAUCGUGUGUUGGGGCGCAGAGACGAUAAUUCAAUUGGUGUCACCAUCUUGAAACACCGACUUCGGUGGCUUGGAUAUGUUUUACGAAUGUCGUCCCAGAGGCUUCCACGUCGUGCAUUAUUUGCCGACUCUGGGACUGGUUGGAGAAAGCGGAGAGGAGGUCAGUGUAUGACAUGGUGUCGUGGCAUGAAAGAGAGCUGCAAAUGGCUAGCUUUUGUUGGUCCUUCACGACUCCCUGGCUGGGGUCCGAGAGAUGGGGCAACACAGUGGCUAGAGACGUUAUCAGAUAUGGCUCAAAAUAGAAGCCAGUGGCGAGCCUGCUGUAACCUUCUUAUACUUUCUUCAUAAAGAGUGGCUAUAACUUUCCAAACUGAGAGAGCCCUUCUGGUUGUACAUUCAGUUCCUCCCAUCAUUACUCUUCUCCUUUUCUUUUUUUCCUUCUUUUAUAUAUACGCAUCUUCUUCCUUCUCCCAUUCUCAUUAUUUUGUGUGGCGCAUAUGCAUCCAGUGCCCUUUGUACCAAUAUAUAUGUGAUUAAAUAAAUAAAUAACAGCUCGAAAAUUAUCUCCUCAACGUAUGGUCCCAGAAUUUUAUAGUUUGAUUCCUAAAAUUCGAAGAUUAUCGAGGGAAAUCGAAACAGUUAAUUGCAACUCUUUCAUUCUAUAAGUCAUUGGACUGAUGUUAUUCUGUUGUUCUCUUAGUGCUAUAUAAUUUCGCCACUUUGUUGCUAAUAGAAGAGAUCACAUUUGAAAGCCGAUUCUUUUACAUCCGUAAUUAAUCAUUGUUUUGCUGACAUAUUUUAGACUUUAUUGACUUUACUCAUUGUUUGGAAUCACGCUUGUAUCUACCAUUCAUAAAUAUGUAACAAAAAUAAUUUUUUAAGGGGGGUACAUACUAUCUUAACAUAUAUUACAGUUGUAACAAUAUCCUGAUCAGGGUUCGAACAUACUAGGGGAAUUAUUUACAGAUUAACAUUCAGAAAUAGCUGGUUAUCGAAUUAAAAUACUUUAAAAACUAAAUCAACCAAAUGGUUACAAAUAAACUGAGUUCAAGGGUUUUUCUGUCAAUAUUUGCUAGGCAGCAUGUACCACUGAGUGUAGAGUAGCAACAGGGCAAAACACUUUUUGUUCUGAUAAUCAGAGAUAACCUCCUUUAGUACUAAUAGUAAUUUGAACAGUUUUGUCAACAUGCGGUUCGCCGAGCGAUAAAUAGGAAAUAUGGUAAGUUGCCUAUAUUCAUUGUUCAAAAUAUUCAAAGUUAUGUAUAUUUAGUUUUAUCAGUAAACCAAUUGAUAGUAUAUUGCAUAAUGGAGGUGCAUUUAGUUACCACUAUCAUCGCUAAUAAUACGAAUAUCAUUAUUAGUCUUUUGAUAUGUGGUGAUUAUUUUGGGAAGAAGAGCAUAUGUACAUAUCUAUUUGUGUGAAUACAGAUCUAUUGAACAGUUUAGCUAUUUGAGCUAAUCUAUUCUUGACACAUUAGAUUAAAAUAAAUUUAGUAAUUUUCAAUGUUCUUUUUAAUUUUUAAUUUAACUAAUGACAUUUAGUACUGAAUGGCUCGAAUAAACUUUAUCUGUCCGUUUUCCUUAUCAGUAUAUUUCAUGAACAUUUUCACAUUCGUUUCACAGAGACAGUGACCUUAAAUCUAAACUGUACAGUUUUUUUAAUCUUAUCGGAAUUAUAUCUUAAUUAAUUAAAUGCUAUUUAGUUGUAAAAAGAAAAGAGUGAAUGCAGAUACCGACGACUGUAAAAUUCGCGAAUUAUUCAAUAAGAAGGGAAAAAAUGUAACAAAACUAAACGAAUAUCAAAGCGAAAAAAGUACAUUUUCCUCUUUUGUUACUGUUAAAAAGGAAAACAAAAACCACCAUAAUACUUAAAUCUACCAGUACACUUACAUCUUAUACCUUUAUUCAUUUUUCUUUCAAUAAAAAUGUCCUUGAGCAUAACAAAUCUGUUUUAACAGAUUCUAAUACAAUAAUAUCCAUCAUUUAGCCCAAUUAUAUUAAGGUGGGAAAAAACGAUGUAUCCGAAGAAAAUGAGUUAUAUUUUAAAUUAUUGUUCAUUAUAAUAAUUUUAUUUAAGUUCAUCAGUCCUAUUGGAUUCUUAUUACUGUUGAACUUUAGAAAAAAAUAUUUGCGGGCAAAAUAAACAUUAUUUUCGUGAGAAUUAUUACCGUUAUAUUUAACUAACUAGCAAGUAUCGAAAAUUUUCAGUUGACUGACCCCAGAUGUAUUUAGACCGAUGUACUUUUUUCUUAUUUGUUCUAAUCUUUUCUCUAUACAGUGUGUGCGCGUGUGCUUCGGUGCUCGAAUGGUAUAUGUUUUUUUAUUUUAACAAGACCUUAAAAACCAUUAUGCGGAAAUUUGUUGUUAUAGUGUUUAGGGAAUGUUCAAAUUUCCAAAAGCUAUUAAAGUUUAUAUUUGUUUAAUUUAUUGUGUGGAGUUGAACUUUGUGUUUUUCCUGCCUAAUUUCCUCCUAUUUUGUCUCACUCUUCAAAACUGUUAUCUCUCUUCUGCUUGGCUAAUGACUUAGUUUACUUUUUAUCUUUACUUCUGCCGACACCAAAUAUAUUGAUGUAGACAGUAGUUUUACAUCUUUAUUAUACUUAUUCUACUGGGAUCAAUAUCUUAUUGCAGAGUAUUUCUGGUACGCGUAUAGGACGAAGAGAAAAGGAGGGUGUUUUAUUUUUACUCUUCAUUCACAAUAGGAGUGUCCAAAUGUCUCCACUAAAUAAGCGAAUUGUAUUGCGUAACUAAGUGCUUGUUAUAUUUAUUGGUUAUAGGAUCAUUAGUAUUAUCAUUGUACAGAGUUUUGUUUUAAUCCUGUUUAGGUUAUUGAAAUAUAAACACUACAAUAUUAGUAACAUUUCAACCGUUACUUUUGAUCAAAUAAAAAAAUAUUACUAUGAGAUUUUAAACUUUUCUGUCAAUAAACUGUUUAUAGGCUAGCAGUGUUCUUUAUACAGAAAACUGCACAAUGUUGGAUAUCAUAGUUAAUGAAUGAAAGAAAUAAUUCUAAACUAUAACAACGUUAAAAAAAAUACAUAAAAAUGUCAUAUGUAACCGAAUAGUAUUAUUUAUUAUAUAACUUUAUACACUAUCAAACUAAUUGUCAUUCAUUUUAAAUUAAUGAUAAAAGAGUUGGAAAUAAUAGAUUACCUGUAUAAAGUUUUAAAAUUGUAUAUAAAACUGAUUCAUUUGUCAGUUAUAUGCUUAGUUCUUAAACCUUAGACAGAAUAUGGAUUCACCGUUUACAGAAUAUAUAAUCUAAAUUGAGUAUGACCUAAUACUUGCUGACUAUUACAUCUAAAGUGUCAGUGUUGUAAUUACAUUUGAAUAAGUUGUAUAACAAAACGUAAUCAAUUUUUCAGAAUUAAUUAAAUUUGCUCAAUUUACACUAGUUAUACCGGUUUCAGUGAUAUGAAGGUCAAAUUACGAGGGCCUUGAGAAUCCACAUUCUCAACCUUAAUCUGUGUAUACAUAAGAUGAUUCUUGUAUCGCUCGAUGUAGAAUGUAGUUUGGAUACGAGCCAUCCUUUUCAAUUAUCUGUUUCAUCAUCAUCGUAUAGCUGCUUAAUAUUCUCAUAUGACUUUCUUAGCUCUGUUUUCAUUUUUUUGUUUAUAUUUUAUUCAUUCAUUUUUAUUACGUCAUCCAACCAUGCAAUUCAGUAUUGUUUGUAUCUGAUUAUAUAUUAAAAAUACCUCUCAUGUUAAUUAAUCAUUAUCUUUUACUUGAAUUUUGUUACUAAUCGAAAACUGAAUUUUAUUCGCAGUAAAUUCUGAACUGUCAUUUUUCAUAUUUUUUCCCUGUUUACUUACAAAUAAAUCCAACUCGGAGGCACAAUUGGUAAUUCAUCUCAUUCACCUUUAAAAUAUUUGAUAUGUAUAAUAACAGUUAUAGAAGCCUUGACUUGCUCUGGGCGUAUAUUAAUAAAUGUCAAAUACAGGAUACUUUUCUUCGUUCACUCUCUUUUUGUACUAUAUAUUUUUUUGUUUUUGUCAAUUUGCUAUGAACAGUUGUUUCAUGUAUCAUUUAUUCACAGAUAUCGUAAACAACUAUGCUCCUU